AUGUCUAACGACUCAGCCAAAAUACCCUAUUUAACAUCGCUACUGAACGAAUUAAAUGAAUCUCUUUUAGGGAUAAAUGAUGAUGCAACUGAUUUUAAUUAUAUAAACAGAUUGAUAGAAAGAUGUGUUCUUAAUUCAAGUACGCUUACGACACUACAAGACAUACCAAUAGCAUUUUUUUUGACUAUAAAAAAUUUCCUUCAAGAAAGCACAUAUUUUGAAAACUUUGACUAUGAAGAACUGUUAUUGCUAUUAGAUAAUUUGGUUAGUAUAUGCCCAUUUGAAGAAAUUACAAAAAUAUAUACUGUAGAGGAUCUGGAGCAAGCACUUCUAUCCAAUAUUUCAUAUUUGAUCAGAAUUGCUUGUAAAAUUAUUAAAAACUCACAACCAUUGGAUUAUUAUAUAAAUGUGGCACCAAGUAAUACACUUUUCAAUCAAUUAUUAGAGAUAUAUUUUAAUAAAAAUACUGAGUUGGCUAUAAUAAACGAAAUAGAAAAUAUUUUACAAGUGUUGGAUAGAAAUGAAUCAAUACGUAAUUUUAUCCUUCAAGAGAAUCUUCCUCUUUUACUAAAAGUAAAACAGAAUCAUGAGGCGUUGAUCACAACAAGACUGUAUGAACUUUUGAAAAUUGAAUUAAGUUAUAUUGACCCUCAAAAGGAACUAAACGAAAAAUUAUUUAUUUUUAAUAAAUGUGAAAUCUUUAACAUGUUAGAAACGGAUAGUUUUGCAUUUGUAAAUUUCUUACAAUAUGUUACUUCAGCAUUGAAGCUAAUAAACUUUUUAUCCAAAGAAAUCACGGUACAAAGUACAUCAACAUCAUCAGUUAGUAAAAGGUCGCUCCUCCUUCAACAGUUUCAACUAAUGGUUCCUAUUAUUGGAACAAUAUAUAAAGAUAAUAUUACUGAUGUUGUAUUAGUAGCAAAGAGCUAUUUUUUUAAAUUUUUUAGGGAGGUUUCUUAUUUACCUGACCUAUCCUACUUCAGACAAUUAGACACUAACGAUAUAUCUAUUGAUUAUGACAAUAGUGACCUCAUAGAUUUUCUUUCAUUCGUUAAUCCUGAAUAUCUUUACCAAUAUUGCAAUGAAUUGAUUGUAGAUUAUGUUAAAGUUUUAGCCUUUCACCUUUCUAUAUGGAGGAAUAUUAUUCAGCAUGAAAAAAUGUUUUCAUUAGUAAAGAGCAAAUUAGUCUCAAAUUCGAUACUAAAAUUACCAUACUUAGAACAAAUGGUAUUAUUGGAUAAAUUAUCACAAUUCGACUACUCAGCAGAGUUUUUGGUAUUAUCGCUUCCUGGUGUUAUGAGUAAUCUAAUCAACGAUCAAAAUGUUAACAAUUUGGUAAAUCCGGAGACUAUAGAACUAAGAGCAACUGUAAUAAGGAACCUGUUAAAAUUCAAUGAAAACUUAUUGAACAUGUGGUAUAUUACUCUUACUGCAGAACUUUUCAAGAUUUCUCAUCCAGGUCAAUAUAAAGAAGCCAGAACAAAGAUUGAAGAAACUUUUAUAUAA